GGGUCUCAUUGGUGCGGCGGUUGCCUGGGAAAUUCAAGCCAAUAGAAAAGACGCUUCUUGGGAAUGGAACAUGGCGCUGUGGCGGCCGUGAGUCGGGCGGUUGCGGGCUGGGUUAGAUGUGAGAGCCCGUUGUCGGGGCACGGCUGUGGCUGCGUCCGCCUCCCACACUUGCCCGGAGUGGACGCCUCUUCCCACGGCAAACAUGUCCAGUGACGGCGGCAAGAAGCAGUUCUGGAGGCGGAAUGUUUCCAAAGUUCCCGGCAGUAUUCAACAUGUUUAUGGAGCUCAGCAUCCUCCAUUUGAUCCUCUGUUGCACACAAACUUACUCAAAGCAAAUUCAAAGCCCCUUUUGGUAUCAAUAAGGACAAAGAAGGUUCAAACUUUCCAGGAGUUUGAGAGUAUUACAAGCGAUGCUUGGGAUGUUGGGGAUGAUGAUGACGACCUCCUGGCGAUGGCUGCUCAAAAUCUGAAUACAGAUGUUGUCAUGGAAACAGCAAAUAAAGUAAUUCAAAUACACAGCAAAUUACAGGAACAGAAGCAGCAGGACAAACCAACAGAGGCAACUCCAGAACAAUUGAACAAUUUGGAGGAAGCAGACAGCAAUGUGGAAAACAUUGUGAAGUCUGACACUGGCUUUGAGCUUGACACAUCAACAGGUUUAAAUGAUCUUGAGAAGACCCCAUUACAGAGGCAGCAGUCUGUCCCUUCUAGGUCACCAACACUAUUGGCAGCAAGAAUUGCAGACCAGAAUCCCUUAGAUGGCUCCCUAAUGACAGAAAGGGAAAUAACUCGAUUAGAAAAAUUCAGACAGCUGUUGGCAGGUCCAAAUCCUGAUUUAGAAGAGUUGAGAAAGCUCAGCUGGUCUGGAAUCCCAAGGCAAGUCCGACCAAUAACGUGGAAACUACUUUCAGGUUACUUGCCUGCAAAUGUAGAAAGAAGAGAAAGUACACUACAACGGAAACGGGCAGAGUAUUUUGCUUUCAUUGAACAGUAUUAUGAUUCCAGAAAUGAUGAACAUCAUCAAGACACAUAUAGACAGAUUGCCAUUGAUAUUCCCCGUAUGACUCCUGAGAGCUUAAUACUGCAACCGAAAGUACGAGAGAUUCACAUUGAUAUUGCAAGAACUAAUCCUCUUAUUCCUCUCUUUCAACAAGCUUCUGUGCAAAAGAUCUUUGAACGUAUUCUUUUCAUAUGGGCGAUUCGGCAUCCAGCCAGCGGCUAUGUCCAAGGGAUAAAUGACCUUGUGACGCCUUUCUUUGUAGUCUUCGUUUUUGAAUAUAUUGAAGGAGAGGUGGAAAAUUUUGACGUUUCCAGUUUGUCUGAUGAAGUGUUGCAGAACAUUGAAGCUGAUAGUUUCUGGUGCAUGAGCAAAUUACUUGAUGGCAUUCAGGACAACUACACAUUUGCACAGCCGGGGAUUCAGAAGAAAGUGAAAGCAUUGCAGGAGCUUGUAAGUCGGAUCGAUGAGCAAGUACAUAAGCAUUUGCAACAGUCAGAAGUUGAAUACCUGCAAUUUGCUUUUCGAUGGAUGAAUAAUUUACUGAUGAGGGAACUUCCCCUGCGGUGUACUAUCCGGCUAUGGGACACGUAUCAGUCUGAACCGGAGGGAUUUUCUCACUUCCAUCUGUACGUUUGUGCUGCCUUCCUUGUCCGAUGGAGAAAAGAACUAUUGGAAGAGAGAGACUUUCAGGGACUUAUGAUCCUUCUGCAGAAUUUACCCACAAUGCAUUGGGGGAAUGAGGAGAUCAGCAUUCUUCUGGCAGAAGCUUACAGACUGAAAUAUGCAUUUGCAGAUGCACCAAAUCACUACAAACGAUAAAACCAAAUGGAAAAAAGAGAUGUGUAAAUGUGAAAGCUCUAGUUUUUCAUCUAUAUCUCAGAUUUUUGUCAUUAUUAUAAAGCAACCCCAUUAACUUGGCAUGUUGUACUCAUUGCAGAAGUUGAGUUCUUUUGUUCAUUUGGAAAUAAAAAGCAUAAAUUAGUAUAAUGUAUAUUUGUCACAAUAAUUACACCAAAUUACAGGCACAGACUUGAGGAAAUUGCCUAUGUACAUAUGGAGAAAGUGAUAGUGAAGGGAUGGAUACAUUCCUUCACUUAAUAAUAGGUUAUUUUCAGUAUAAUGAUAACUGAGGCUUUCCAGGUUUUCUUAUGAGGAUUGGUUUUAUUUUUAUCUGUCUCUGCUUAAUUUUCGGUCUCUGAACUGCUUUACAACAGUGUUCACUCGAGAUUCUGCCAGAACGCAGACUGUAGCAAAUAUAGCUGUGCCACACAACGUACGCGGUUGGAAAAAAUCUUCUGGGUUACUUUUUGAAUUUCAGGGAGGGACUUCCAUUUCAAAAUUAAUAGCAUCCACAUAUUUAGCAUAACUGAAUUCAAAUAAGUUGACUCAACAAUAUGAUUAUAAAAUCACUGUUGAUUUAUUAUAACUGUUUACAGAAGUUGAAAUAGUGCCUGACAUCAAAUGAAAUGUAUCUAUGGGUGAAAUAUUUAUGAUUUCUCUAUUAAAGUCUCUAUUACUAAAUACAUGUCUGUCUUCAAAUGGAAUAUUGUAUUAUGAUCAAUUAUAAACUUUUAACAUGCAGACUGAUUCAAGAUUGAAAAUUAAUAGUGUUUCAAAUUGUUUAUUUUUUUCAGAUGUAAUGUUUCCCAGUUAAUCUAUCAUAUUCUAACAUACCAAAGACUCCAUGAUAGCACUUAAUGUCUGUGACUGUCACAUACCCGUACUGGAAUAGUAAUCCGUAACCUUUGUCGUACCAUUUUUUUCUAUUAUUUUUGUUUUUCCAUUCCUUCCCCAAAACCUAUUUCAAAGAGAGCUGUGCGAAGGUGGUUCUCACUUAUAACAGACUCUUGGCUAUAGCAAUAGAACUUUUGCAAUCCAAUUAAAAAUGUGCAGUGCAGAGCCUAUUUAUGUACAUGUUAUUUACAUUAUUGUAAAUAGAAAUGUGAUCUGUAACUAAAAUAAACAAAGGAUAAAAAAACAGUUCUGUUUAAAAACAGUGGCUUCAUCUAAUAAAGAAGUUGAUUUGUUUUCAAAAA